GAGUGUAACGUGUCUGAAGGUCAUUCCUUUUUAUUGCCAAAUAGUAUUCUGUGGUAUCGUAACAGUGCUUUCUGUUUAUCACCUCGGUUCUUCCUCAUGACAGUAUCAUGAUUCACAGAUGUGGAAACUGAGGUGCAGUUAGUACUUCGGAGGGUAAUGGUUCAAACCCAGGCAGUCUGGCAGUAGAGUGUGUGCUCUCAUUUAGUCUCUCUUGCUGUGCCGCCUCUCCAUGGGUGCAAAAUAUGUCUUCAUUUCUAAGAUGGGGAGUUUCUUUUAUGUAACGACCGCUGAAUUUCUAAAACUGUAAUACCUAGUUUUAUGCAAUCUGAUAAGAUUUUCUUGAACGCCUAAUUUGUGCCUGGAGUUUUACUAGGUGCUGUGAGGGAUGGAGACACGUUUCUGCUUUCGAAGAAUUUAGCAUUUUGCUUGGUAGAUAAGACUCAGAUGCGCAUGGUAACAUAGCUCCCCGACGGCCACAUGGGAUCAUAUAGGAUCUAAAGCCUACAUGCAUACUCCAGGUAGAGGAAGUCAACAAGAAGAGGCUGAUGUCAGUGAGAAGAGCUGAGGCCAACUUUUCAGAGGCCAUGGCUGUGAGCCAGCUCUAGCCCCUUGGCCUAAUCAGUCCCAAGUUGCAGGAGUGGAAGCUUGUAAUUGUUGAGAACCCGCACUAUGUUUUAAUGUCCCUUCCACCCACAAAGUUUUCUGCUUGUUAUGUUCCAACUUUUAGAUCCCAUCUGUGUGUCUAUAAUUAUACCAGGAAGCUUUUCCUCUUAAGCUGUUUUUAAUAGAAAUGUCUUGAGGGGGUUUUGCUCUCUUUAGAAAAACUGGUUAGCCAAGGCACAGGGCUUGAUGUGUGUGUGUGUGUGUGUGUGUGUGUGUGUGUGUGUGUGUGUGUGUAUUGUAAAAUGCCUCAUAGCAUCCACUUCUUAGGCUGGCCACCAAAGCCUGGCAGACAAGGAUUCAGGAGUAAGAAUAGUACAUGGAACUGCAUUUAAACUCUAGAAGGCCUGGUUUAGGUAGCUUGUGCUGUGUAACAAACCACCUCGGAACUUAAUGGCUUAAAACAACCACCAUUUAUUUGGCUCAUCAUUUUGUGGAUCGUCCGGGCAGUUCUUUGUGGACUGGCUCAGCUUACCUCAUGUGUGUAUCUGUGGCCAGCAGGCGGGUCAGCUCAUGACUGGGCCGCAAGUCUGCCUCUUGGCAGGCUUUUAGUCAGGGUAUAUGGCUCUUGGCUAGGGUGCCUUAGUUCUCUUCCACGUGGCCUCUUAUCUCCAGCAGGCUAGCUCAGGCUUGUUCACAGGGUGGACACAGGGCUCCCAAGAGCAGCAACAGAGGGCAGGUCCCAGUUCACAAGCGCUUUUCCAAGCCACUGCUGCAUAGUGUUUGUUAAUGGUCCGUUGGCCAAAGCAAGUCACAUGACCAGCUCCGAUUCAAGGAGUGGGAAAAUCAGCUCCACCGCUUGAUGGGAGAUCUGCAGUGUCAUAUUUCAAGGGUGUGAAUGCAGGGAGAGGAUGAAUCUGUGGCCAUUUUAGUAAUCAUUCUCAAAGUCAGAGCAUAUAAUAGCAAUAAGGUUAGCCAACAUCUACUGAAUGCUUACAAGCUGCAGGUACUAUUAGAAGUACUUUAUAUAUGUAUCUUAAGUCAUUUCAGUCACACAGUGGCCCUGAGAGCUAGGUGUUAACCAUUUCCCCCAUUUUUCAGAGGAACAACUUGAGUCUCUGAGAGGCUAAGUAACUUGCCCAAAGUCACACAAAUAGUAAGAGGUGGCCCAGGAUUCUCAUCCAGGCAGCCUUGCUCCUGUUCCAAGCACUUUACACAUAUCGUGGCAUUUCAUUCCCAUGACCAUCUGCUCCAUCAAGGACUGCUUUUAUCCCCAUUUUCUAGACGAGGAAACCCAAGCUCCAGGAAGUAAUUUAUAUGUCGUAGGCCGCACAGCUUGCACACGGGCAAGCUGAGAUUCAACUCUCCAAAGCGUCUGCACUCUUAUCUAAUUCGCAGCAUCAUUUCACUUACCCAGACUUUAUUUCAUAGUCUCAAUUUACAGUGGUGGAGGAGGGGGAUCUGGGAACUCUCCAGAACAUAGAUAAUAAUAAAGAAGAGGAAAAAAGACAUCUAGAGAUGCAGCUAGAGUUGUCAUCACGAAGCCCAUGCAUUUGCCAGGGGAGCUUAUUAGUUCGUUGUCCACUGUACCGAGUGGAGCCAACUGUGCACUGUCCCCUCUCCAGGGCCACCGUUCGCGUGGGCGCACCGGAGUGUGCGAGCUGGCGCCCCGACGAGGCUCACAAGCUCACUCAUCUGGUUUCUACCCUGUAGAGAUGAGGGAAGCAAAUAAAACAGGAUUAGGUUAAAAAGUCUGACAAUAGCUUGUAAGGGCACCACCAUCGGACAAUGAAGGAAGAGUCAGAAGAACUAGUUUACCAAAAGCACAAGAACUCAAAGUACGAGAGUUUGGGGGUGUUGGCGUAGGGCCAAACAGCCCAUAAAAAGUUCCAUAGCUCCCAGGAGGGGGUCACCGUCUUACUACUUGGUAUAGUAGUUGGUUUUUAGAGAGGAAAAACGCUUAGGUUACCAGAUGCUUUGUUGAUCAGGGAGGGAAGUAAAUAAUGAAAUUUUGAAAGAUUUGUCAUAGAUGAUGGCGAUGAGAUUAAUGUUUCUUGGGUGGAGCACCUCAUACCCUGAGAUGACAGGCAGAUGAGACUUUACGGAAACUGACAUCUCAGGGUUGCAGUGGCCUCUUGGGGUCACUUUGACUUUUCAUAUUUUUCCUCUUGGGUUUCUGCAGGGUGGAUGUAAUUCUAAAUGAAGAUGAGUGGAGGCUCUCAGGGAUCGAGGCGGUGGCCAACGACCAUUAAGACUUGUGCAAAGGCAGCUUUUUGACUCCAGAGGUGGCUGCUUCCCCACCAGGAGGGUUUACACCUGGCCUUCAGGGUAGUUCUUCAAGGCAGAUAGAGUCUGAUGGGCUGGCUGGCAAUAUUUGGACACUGGUAUUAUGUUGCAAAAUGCCUUCAGUUCCUGGGAUGAAAGAUGCAGAGCAGAAGAUGGGCACAGUCUCGCCACCGGAUUGUGGGAGCCUUCUCAGCAGCUGCUGUCUCCAACCUGGACAUCGAGAGCAAGCUGAGCGUGUACUACCGUGCACCGUGGCACCAGCAGAGAAACAUCUUCCUCCCGGCCACCAGGCCGCCCUGCGUGGAGGAGCUGCACCGCCACGCCCGGCAGAGCCUGCAAGCCCUGCGCAGAGAACACCGGAGCCGGAGUGAUCGCCGCGAGCAGAGAGCUGCUGCACCCCUUUCCGUAGUAGCUCCUCCACUGCCCGCCUACCCCCCAGCUCACAGCCAGAGAAGACGCGAACUUAAGGACCGGCACUUCUUAACGUUUAACAGCACCCGUUCGCCCUCCCCCACUGAAUGUUGCCACAUGACCCCAUGGAGUAGAAAGUCCCAUCCCCCGGAGGACGAAGAUACAGAUGUCAUGCUAGGGCAGAGGCCGAAAAACCCAGUACACAAUAUCCCUUCCACACUGGACAAGCAGACCAACUGGAGCAAAGCACUACCUCUCCCGACGCCGGAGGAGAAGAUGAAACAAGAUGCCCAAGUGAUUUCUUCUUGCAUUAUUCCCAUCAAUGUCACUGGAGUUGGUUUUGACAGAGAGGCUAGUAUACGCUGCUCUCUUGUUCAUUCACAAUCCGUACUACAGCGGAGACGAAAACUGAGAAGGAGGAAAACCAUCUCGGGUAUCCCCAGAAGAGUCCAACAAGAAAUAGAUUCUGAUGAAUCGCCCGUGGCCAGGGAAAGGAAUGUGAUUGUGCACACAAAUCCAGAUCCUUCCAACGCUGUCAAUAGGAGGUCUGGAACCAGGGACUCGGAGUGCCAAACUGAGGACAUUCUGAUCGCUGCUCCAUCCAGAAGGAGAAUCAGAGCUCAGAGGGGUCAAAGCAUUGCAGCUUCCCUUUCUCAUUCUGCUGGCAACAUUUCCGCAUUGGCAGACAAAGGCGACACCAUGUUUACUCCUGCAGUGAGCAGCCGCACAAGAUCUCGGAGCCUUCCCAGGGAGGGCAAUAGAGGUGGGGAUGCUGAGCCCAAAGCUGGUGCUAAACCCUCAGCAUAUGAAGAGGGGGAGCCUUUCGUGGGAGACCAAGAAAGAACCCUUAACGAUUGCAGCGAGGCCCCCAGCAGCCCGAGUGCACAGGAGCACCAGCCUGCUUUGAGCCUGGCCUGUUCUCAACAUCUUCACAGCCCCCAGCACAAGUUAAGUGAGAGAGGGAGGUCACGCCUGCCCCGGAUGGCUGCCGACUCUGGCAGCUGUGACAUCUCCUCCAACUCGGACACCUUUGGGAGCCCCAUCCACUGCAUCUCCACGGCUGGCGUCCUCCUCAGCAGCCACAUGGACCAGAAAGAUGACCACCAGUCAUCCAGUGGCAACUGGAGUGGGAGCAGCUCCACAUGCCCCUCACAGACCUCAGAGACAAUCCCUCCUGCAGCCUCUCCUCCCCUCACUGGCUCUUCACACUGUGACUCGGAGUUGUCACUAAACACAGCCCCUCACGCUAAUGAGGACGCUAGUGUCUUCGUGACAGAGCAGUACAACGACCACCUGGAUAAAGCGAGGGGCCACCGAGCAAACUCCUUUACCUCCACUGUGGCAGAUCUGUUGGAUGACCCCAACAAUAGCAACACGAGUGACAGCGAGUGGAAUUACCUACACCACCAUCACGAUGCCUCCUGCCGCCAGGAUUUUAGCCCUGAGCGUCCCAAGGCAGACAGCCUGGGCUGCCCAAGCUUCACGAGCAUGGCCACUUAUGACAGCUUUCUGGAAAAGUCUCCAUCGGACAAAGCAGACACUAGCUCUCACUUUUCGGUGGACACAGAAGGAUACUACACCUCCAUGCACUUUGACUGUGGUCUCAAAGGUAGUAAGAGUUACGUCUGUCACUAUGCAGCCCUGGGCCCAGAGAAUGGCCAGGGUGUCGGGGUUCCUCCUACUCUUCCAGACUGUGCCUGGCAGGACUACUUAGACCACAGGAGACAGGGGAGACCAAGCAUCUCUUUCAGGAAACCAAAGGCAAAGCCGACUCCACCUAAACGUAGCUCAUCAUUGAGGAAGUCUGAUGGAAAUGCAGACAUUUCUGAGAAGAAAGAACCAAAGAUAAGCAGUGGCCAGCUCCUGCCUCACAGUUCCAGGGAAAUGAAGCUGCCUCUUGAUUUCUCCAACACGCCUUCUCGAAUGGAAAAUGCCAGUCUGCCCACCAAGCAGGAACCUUCUUGGAUGAACCAGAGUGAACAUGGCAUUAAGGAACCUCAGUUAGACACUCCAGAUGUUCCACCAUUCAAAGAUGAAGGUGCUGAAUCAACUCACUAUGCAGACCUCUGGCUUCUAAAUGACUUGAAAACAAAUGAUCCUUACAGAUCUUUAUCUAAUUCAAGCACUGCUACGGGUACCACAGUUAUCGAAUGCAUCAAAUCUCCAGAGAGCUCGGAAUCCCAAACAUCCCAGUCGGAAUCUAGAGCCACCACCCCCUCCCUUCCUUCUGUUGACAAUGAGUUUAAACUGGCUUCACCAGAAAAGCUGGCUGGCUUGGCAUCUCCGUCAAGUGGCUACUCCAGCCAGUCUGAAACGCCAACGUCCUCUUUCCCUACAGCUUUCUUUUCUGGCCCAUUGUCUCCUGGAGGUAGCAAAAGAAAACCAAAAGUCCCAGAAAGGAAAUCCUCACUACAGCAACCCUCUUUAAAAGACGGAGUUCUAUCACUGGGUAAAGACCUUGAACUUCCAAUUAUACCUCCUACCCAUCUUGACCUAAGUGCUCUUCAUAAUGUCUUAAAUAAACCAUUCCACCACCGUCACCCAUUGCAUGUUUUCAGUCAUAAUAAGCAAAAUGCAGUAGGAGAAACACUGAGGUCAAAUCCUCCACCGUCUCUUGCAAUUACACCAACAGUCCUGAAAUCUGUCAACCUUAGGUCCAUCAGUAGGUCUGAAGAAGUUAAGCAAAAAGAAGGCAACAAUACAGAUCUCCCCUACUUAGAGGAAAGCACUCUCACCAUGGCUGCCCUGUCUCCAGGUAAGAUUAGGCCACAUAUGACUAAGAAAUCACUAUCACGUCAGUACUCCACUGAAGACACCAUAUUGUCCUUUUUAGACUCCUCUGCAGUUGAGAUGGAAUCAGAUAAACUACAAUUAGAAAAAAACCGUUCUUUUGAUGUGAAGAAUCAUUGUGAUCCAGAAAUGGUAACCUCAGCUGGUACCAACCUUCUAGAUUCAAGUGGCACAAAAGACCAAAUACAUAUGGACAGUGAGCCUAUUCCAGAAAACACACCAAGUGAAAGUUGUGACUUUCCCGCAGAAGGAUUUCAGAGGGUCUCUGCUGCUCGCCCAAAUGAUUUGGAUUGUAAAAUGCUACAAUGUGGAGCUGGUCCAGAUGGAGCCCUAGCGCAGGUCCAGAAGGUAUCUCCUGUAGACCGGGAGGAAGCUGCAUACCCUGUGUCUGUGGACGUGCUCACGUCUCAGUCCAACUCACCAACUAGAGUCCCAGACAUAAGCAAUCAACUUAAGCAUCAACUUGGGAUGAGCCGCCACCAUGACAAAGUGCCUGGGAAUAUCAGCUAUGAAGCAGAGAUAUCAACUGUAAAUCCAUGCCCUGAAAAAUGUUCUGAGCAGGAAAAUAUUGCUUCAGGUAUUUCAGCCAAAAGUGCCUCUGAUAACAGCGGAGCAGCAGAGGAGACCCAAGGAAGUGUGGACGAGGUUUCGCUGAAAGAAUCGUCACCGAGUGAUGACUCUGUGAUUUCACCACUAAGUGAAGACUCUCAGGCUGAAGCAGAAAGUGUGUUUGUGUCUCCAAAUAAACCUCGAACAACGGAGGAUUUAUUUGCAGUCAUUCACAGGUCCAAGAGGAAAGUACUUGGAAGAAAAGAUUCUGGGGACAUGUCUGUUCGAAGUAAAUCUAGAGCUUCCCUGGGCAGCAGCAGCAGCAGCAACAGUGCUGGUUCUGUCACCUCAACCAACAGCAGUGUGACCACCCCAAACAGCCAGAGGUCUCCUGGCCUCAUCUACCGAAAUGCCAAAAAGUCCAACACAUCGAAUGAAGAGUUUAAGCUACUACUCCUCAAGAAAGGCAGCCGCUCGGAUUCCAGUUACCGCAUGUCUGCUACUGAGAUCCUGAAGAGUCCCAUCCUGCCCAAACCUCCUGGGGAACUCACAGCCGAGUCCCCCCAAAGCACCCAUGAGGCCCAUCAGGGGGCACCGGGAACUGAAGCGCUGUCCCCCCUCUCUCCGUGCUCCCCACGGGUUAAUGCAGAAGGGUUCUCCUCAAAGAACUUUGCCACCCCGGCAUCGGCAAGGGUUGGACGUUCCCGGGCUCCCCCUGCGGCCAGCAGCAGCCGCUACAGUGUCCGCUGCAGGCUGUACAACGCGCCCAUGCAGGCCAUCUCCGAAGGCGAGACAGAAAAUUCCGAUGGGAGCCCACAUGAUGACCGAUCCUCCCAGAGCUCAACAUAGGUGGUCCACGCCAGGCUGGCUGUCAAAGGCCAAAACCUUAGUCGUAUGAGGAUGGAGGAACAGAACGGAAGACUGGGGAGAAGUCAGCACAUGGUGGGGUACCAUCACGCUUACCAACAAGUUCCUAAAUAUUUGCUGGGGAAAUGGAAGGUGGUUUGGUCUUUCUUGAUUAUUUUCCAUAUUUUUAAGUAGCUGCACUGUCUUUCAUAUUUUUCUUUAGGGUAGUUUGAUUUACCCAAUCUCAUUCCUUUUGAUAAUAGAGAAUUUGAAAAUGUCUGCUUUUCAUGAAACCUAGAAAAAGUUUUCCCAGAGCUGCCUAUUCAGAAAACAAAGCCCUCACUGUCAUAAUUCUUAAGAGGAUGAAAUACUCUGGAGGUUCGGUAUAUUUUUACAUUAAAAUGAACUAAAGCAAAAUUUAGAAGAACUACACACAUGUAAAUACCAUAUUUUUGAUAAAAAUGUGUAAAUAGAUUUAUGGAUGACGAGUGGACAUGUGGCCAAUUAUCUACCACACCAACUGCUUAUAGAACACAACAAAUAAAGUGUAAUAACUGUAUUCUGUGAAUACCAUUUUCGUAUCAAAUACCAUAUUUAAAUGUCCACCAAUAUGAUUUCUGAGUGAUAAACCUCAAAAUAUGAAUUUUAAACUGGUGAAAUAAAGGAAAUCUUGAGGUCACAUAGUGAAAUGUGAUUAAUUUAAAAUAAUGAAUUCAGACUUAACCAUUUUUGUGACAAACUGCAGCACCAAACAAACUACUGGUAACACGUGGCUGUGAUUUGCCACGUGGCAAUUUGGACAGAAUGAAAAGCAUGCUUUUGAUUUAAAAAAAAAAAUCAGUGAGAGAAAUCAUCAUUCUCAACAUAAAGCCCUGAACAACAGCACUUGACAGUGUCCUUUAAACUUCAAUUUUUCAGUGGAUUGCUUUAAAGAGAAUGAGUAGGGAAAACAGUAGUUAAUUUUAGGUUAUGUUUUCUAUUACACUACUGGGGACAUAAACAGUCCUAAUCUGAGGACUAGAAUCUUUAAACUCCUUAAACAGUUGAGCAAUUAGCUCCAGGUUCUUUAACGAACGAAAAUAAAACAUAAGCAUGCCACAGAGCUGUGGAUUUAUCAGUAAGUACCUGCAAUGAGUUUUCAGUGAAGCUUUCUCUCUGUGCUGAUGAGAUCCAUGCUACCUAAAAAUUAACAGAAAUGACACUGUGAACAACGUAGUUGGGAAAUAGGUAUGUGUAUAUGCAUUAUUUAAAUUCACUGUUAAAAUGGGAAUGGGGAGCAGCUCUGGUUCACAAUGCUACAUAUAACUGAGUUUUUGUCUGAUUUUACUCUAUCUGCUUGAUGGCAAAAGGGGAGGGUGGUGGGUGGGAAAGGAAAUGUCAGGGCAAGUGCUCUGAUAAAAUGAAGGCAGGGAAACAAGCUGAAUUACUUGAAUUUUCUUGUCUUAAAACUGAAAAAAAAUGUAGUUACAAGUUGAAAUCUGCAAAUGGGUUUUACACCUGUGAUUUUGACAUGAACUGAUACUGUAUGAAAUGAUAUGUCGGAAAUAUGAGCAGCUAUGUACUUGGAAUGUUUUGAAUGGGAGAAGGUAGAAAGUAGAGAACUAAGAAGGAAUACGGCCUAUAUAAAAGAAUAGAAUGUGAUUAGAGUGAUAGAACAUACCAGAGUUACCAAGAAAUUGAUAAGCAGCUGGCUUUAAGCUUAUGCAAGUGGUAUUUGGGAAAGUAGGAUGUGUGAAAGGGGGUUUGUGGUUUUGGUUUAGUUCAUGCAAUAUGAAGGAGAAAGCCUGGUCUAAGAAGAUGCUAUCUUUCAAUAGAAACACUUUUUAAGAUGUUACAGAGUGAGAAUUACAGAAUCUGAUUGCUGUUGGGUUUUUGUUUGUUUCUUUGGAAAGAAAAAAAAAUGUCUGGUUUAUUCUCCUAUUUGUUUUCACUAUCAAGUUGUGUUUCUUAAUUUCUUGUCAUCCUCGUAUGUAAAAUGGGUGCUGGGGGUGGCGGGGUAGAGGAGGGAGAGUGUGUGUGUGUGUGUGUGUGUGUGUGUGUGUGUGCGCGCGCACGUGCGUGUGCAGGGAUAGAUAAGCUACCUGGUAAAGCGUACAUUUGAACAUUUACGAAGUGUUAUACUUUUUACUAAAAGAAAAAUGUUUGGGGGUUUGAAAAAAAUGGACCAUCAUUUCUCAUUGGAACCCAUUAGUUAAGAAAACCAGCAUGGUUUGACACCACAUGGGAACAUGAAUAACUUUUUCUCAUACUUUGAAAAGUACACUUGGCAAACUUUUAAAAGUAAGGUUUUUAGACAAAUGCAAUAAAAAAAAGUCAUUUCCAGUCACAAUAGGUGAUUUUUUGUAAUUCUCAUAAAAGCAGCUCGUUUGCAGUACGGCUUUUGUGUAGUUAGGGGUUUUUUAAGCGUAAAGAAAGGUAUGUAGGCUUUAAAAGUGAUUCUAAAUCUUGAACAGAAAACACACAAAUUGGCUUUAACAAAUAUGUCACCUUAUUAUUGACAUUAAUUUAAGUAAUGGUACUAUAUAUAUUUUAAAAUACAUAUUGACUUGAAUUGUGAGGCAAUAAGAGACCUUCUAUAUGUAAUGAUCACAGAACUAACCCUUAGAAUAUAGUUUUACUUAUUUUGUUUACUCUAAAAAUUUAUAGCAGAGUUUCUCUAUUUUAUAUUUCAUAGAUUUAAAAAAAAAACCCAGAUAAAGAUGGAUUUAAAAUUCACUGUGCAAAAGAGUAUUGAGUAACAAACUGAGUUAAAAAAAAAAAAGGCAAGAAAUUCCUUAGUAAUUCUACAUGGCUUUAUCACGUAGCACAUAAGACCAAGAUUUAGAGGGUUGUCUUCAACAUCACUGCCGUCUUAAAGCAGAGUACACACGUUAGGUAUUGUGAACAACAUCAACCCAAACUUUUCUUCUGUUGUUUGCACUGAUGCUAAUUUUUUCUUCUUUUUUGUUUAUACAACAUGUCUUUGUUGUGUGGGGGAAAUUUUUUUUCCUGAUUUUUUUAUUUUUUUUGGCUAAGUAGAGGACACGGACCAGUUGCAGCAAACACAACACACUGUUUGCUCUUGCCAAAGUUCAGUGAGUACAUUUGCUGCAGUGGUGGCAGACUGAAAGAACUAGAUCAUGACAAAGAUUUACAACUAUGAGGAAGGUUACAGUGUAACUCUUUUGGUACUAGAACCAGUUCAUGCUGGCCGAAAGACAAUGGUUUAUGGACUUGCCUCCAUUUUGUAUUUUUGUAAUAUCUGUAAAUAUGAACUUUUUAAAUCGUUGCAAAAACGGUUUCUUUUGUAAGAUGUUUUCAACGUUUACAUUCAAUUCAAGCCUUUGUAUAUUUUAGAGCUGUGCAACACUUUAAGUCUUGUAUUUAUUUUUAGUAAAAAUGGUGACAGUUUCAUUGUGAACCCCUCUCAAAAAAAAUGUACCAGAAAAGUUUGAUUACCUAGAAAGUGUGUAUAGAAACUGCAAAUAAACGUGACUGCAAUUAAA